ACAGAUGGGGCGCUUCAAAUGGCUGUUCCUCCUGUGCCUGGUUCUGACGCUGGGUUUCGUCUGGUUCUCCGGAUCCUACCUACAUAAGAGCCUGGCCAAAAGCAAGGUGAAUUUAGCAUCAUAUCAGGAAACAAGGACAUCUGAAAUGUCGGAGAAAAACCCUCAUGUGAAGAGAUCGGAGGUACUAGCCGAAGUCCAGCGUACCACUAAACCGCCUCAGAUUGUUAACAUAACACAGAACGGAAAAAUAUUGACUAAAAUUCAAACUGUGGCAGAAGUAAAAGGCAACAGAACAGAUCUGGAAAGUUCCAUGGUAGUCGGUACGAGAAGGAACCGGACAGAAGCAACGCCCAAACCAGCAGACACGGGAACUCCAGCACCGCCCACAGUACCUCCAGACAAACGGAGUCCCACCUGGUUCCUACGUGACGACACCUACACACGAUCGAAAUGCCCUAGUGCAAUACGUAAGAAUCCAGACAAGGUUCCUAGUGGAAAGUUCAUUCCCGACAUCCCCGUCCUGAUGUGGAGUGAGCACAUCACCCCUGAGGAGUACGCCAGACUCUCGCAGUUCAAAAUGAGCUACGGAUGGGACGGCAUGUCUUAUGAAGAUGUAAAGAACUGUCUCCGUCACUUGAACACAUCUGCCCACCGCUACAUGUUCCCCGGCUGGGCGCCUGACCAUGCCGGCUGUAUCCGGUGUGCUGUUGUCGGGAACGGGGGGAUCCUGAGAGGGUCUGGUAAGGGGAAGGAGAUAGACGGACAUGACUUUGUCUGGAGAGUGAACGCCGCCAUUACUGAGGGAUUCGAAGAGGAUGUUGGGAAAAGAACAUCCUUUUACUUCCAUAGUGUCAACAGCAUGAAGAAAUCGGCGGCACAUUCAAGACUAAGUGGCUUCCGCGACCGCCUACCACCACAGAGCAAGGACACGGUGUAUACCUCCAUUUCCCAUGGUAGAAGAGACUACGUGUACUUUGACGCCGCCAUCAGUUGGAAGCCAGUAAAGUCAGGAAGAGACAGAAGCAAGGCGCACGAGCCCCCGUCUGAGUAUGGUGUGAAGCCUGCGAGUACGAAGUUCCGGAUGCUUCAUCCUGACUUCAUGAGGUAUCUGAAGUAUCAUUGGCUGAACUCUUCCCGUGGCUAUGGACGGUUCGAAGGCAUCUACCAACCCUCCAAGGGAGCCAUGAUGUUACUGGCCGCCUUGCAUACCUGUGACGUCACGGACGCCUAUGGCUUCCUCACUGCCGAUCACGCACAGUACAGCGAUCAUUAUUACGAGAAAGACUGGCAGAAAUUUGUAUUUUAUGUCAAUCAUGAUUUUAAGAUGGAAAUGAAAUUAUGGGAUGAACUAGACAAAGCAGGGCUUAUGGCCUUGUAUAGAGGAAACAAAACUGAAGCAACCACCUCGCCAAAAAUAAACUGACGAAAAAAUAAAUUUGUAUCCUAGGCCAUUUGUAUCCUAGUCGCAUUAACCUAAACUCAACAAAUUGAUAUCAUCUGACUGUCUGAAUACUAGUAGUAUAAUGUAGGCGCUUCAUACAUUUGCAUGUAAAUAAGCUCAUCAUGGAUUGAUGAGAGAAAAGCCGCUGCAUUCACUUAAAGCUAUACUUCCACAAGGAACAAGUGAAAGGCUUUCUUUUUUGUACUGAACUUGUAUCUUUUCUUUCUAACCAAUCUUGUGUAUGCAUUUUAUUUCACAGAUUUGGGACAACUUUAGAGUAUUUCUAAGUUCGUAUUAUUUGGAAUUUGACCUCUGACCACCUCUGACUGAACGUUUCAUUAUCAUCAUUUUAUGUUACAUUAUUUCUUGU